AUGAGCGAGAAAAAAAGAGUGUCUGCUGAGAUUCAGCUGCACGAAGUGAUCGCCAACAUCGAUCUUCUGAACGAGCUCAAGGAUGGGGAUCUGACUGUGGACGCAGAGCUUGCUCGUUUAAAGGAGAUGAAAGGAGAUUGUGAGGAUCUUGUUGCAGCCGCCAUGUCGGAUUGGUCGAUCUCCGAGCUCGAUCAUCCUCAAGUCUCAGACGAUUCAGUGGAUCAACCUUCGAGAUUCUCUUUGAACAUGGCUUCGAGAAGAUCAAACCCUCGCGACUCUGAUAGGGUGCGAACUCAAACUGGUAGUGCUAAUGCGAAACACAUUCGAUCCGGAGAAGUGAGCGAAGCGCUCACGGAAGUUCUUCGUGAGGAGACCCGACUUCCGCGGACUUCAACCCAAGAGGCCAAGGACCUCGAGGGUGAAAAAUCUGUUGCUCGUGUUAAGUCGAGUAGCCCAACAGCGGCUGUUGCUAAACCGUUUCAUUGGCAGCUCUCACACUCCAAGGAUUGCCCUAUUACGGAAGACCCGGACAAUGUUGCUCACUUGGUGAGGCAUUUCAAACCUGCUGGGUGUCCACUUCCUUCUUUGCGAAAUAUGACGGAACGUGAGGCUUAUGUGAAGAUGGCCAUGGAGGCUAACACCGAGUUUGCGGCGACUGUGGAAAAGCGCCUGCAAGACGUCUCGCGCUCUGACGAGCUUUACGAGAUAAAGAAGGUCGUUCGAGAGCUAAAAAUUGGUCUGAAGAUGGCUCAAGAUCGAGAGUGUGCCAAUGCCGCUCAACUGGCCGCUGCUGAGAAAUUGGGGAAUCAGGCUACUUCGCUCGAGGCUCGUCUGCGAGUUGUGAGUAACGAAAGGAAAUCGGCCCUCGAGCAAGUUUCCUUUUUGGAAGCGAAGGUUGAAUCCUCUGCUAAUAAGUUCUCUGAUGACCUUCGUCGCGCAACUUAUGACGCUAAAAAGGCUCUGGCAGACAGCUACUUAGAUGUGUUGGUAUCUCUGAAAGAGAAGUGGGAGAAGAAGAAGGCCGCAACCGAUUGUGAAGCUCGUCUUAGGGAGGUCAUGGCGAAUAUAGAUCUCUUGAAGAAGAUCUUGAACAACAAUCUUUUGGCUUCGGACGAGCUGCUGCGCCUUUGA